AUGUUACCAGACCAAGAAGGGUAUCAACGAGCGAAGCAAAUUCUGUACAAUUCCUUUGGCCAGAGUCAUAUUAUCACUCGCGCAUACAUCAACAAAGUGACGAAAGGUGGUUCGAUAAAGGACGGAGAAAACGAGAAACUGUCACAAUUGGCUCGAGACAUGGAGAAUUGUGAAAUCAAUCUAAAGCAACUUGGUUGUGAAUCGGAGAUUAACGCCCAAAGUAACUUGGAGAAGAUUGUCAUACGUCUGCCUAGAUAUUUACAAGCUGAUUGGGCGAAGGAAGCAUAUAUUAUGUUCGAAAAGGGGACGUUGCCAACGUUCAAGCACCUGUCUGGAUAUAUCACGAAGAAAGCGAAGCUGGCGAAUAGUUCGUUUGGUCAGUUGAUUGGUUCGAAACCUCAAGAUGAUGGGAAACCAAGGAAUAAGAGAACCAGUGGCGGGACAUCUUUUUCUACCCAUGGUACAGAAGAAAAUUCGAGAGACGAAUUAAACCGCGUGAAAUGUUAUUAUUGCGAAAAGACUGGUCAUACCUUGGACAGAUGUUACGCAUUCAGAAAUCAGUCUUUGGAAGAAAGACGGCGGUUAAUCCGUAAAGAGAAGCUCUGUAACCUUUGUCUUCGAAAAGGACAUUUUGUGAAGAAGUGUAGGGGACGAGAUUCCUGUUUGGUUGCGGGAUGUGGUCAGCGGCACCACAGUCUCUUACAUCCUGUUGUAACAGUACCUAAGCAGGAUCCAAAGACAGAAAAACAGAACAAUGAAAGUGAACCUGAGAAAAAAGAGGAGCAGGAAAUCGAGAACAACGGCGGCCAAUGUUCUGCGACUGGGGCUGGUAGACGUGGAGUUCGCCUUCGAGUAAUUCCGUUAAAGUUCGUGGAGUAA